GAUGUCCUGUGACUGAGAAGCCAGGGUUUUCAUUAUUAUGCCUUUGGAGAUGGAGCCCAAAAUGAGCAAACUGGCCUUCGGGUGCCAGAGAAGCUCCACGUCAGACGAUGAUUCCGGUUGUGCCCUCGAAGAGUAUGCCUGGGUCCCACCCGGCCUCAGGCCCGAGCAGAUCCAGCUUUACUUCGCAUGCUUGCCAGAGGAAAAGGUUCCUUAUGUUAACAGCCCUGGAGAGAAGCACCGGAUUAAACAGCUUCUGUACCAGUUGCCUCCACACGAUAACGAGGUACGGUACUGCCAGUCUUUAAGCGAAGAAGAGAAAAAGGAGCUGCAAGUGUUCAGUGCUCAGAGGAAGAAAGAGGCUCUUGGAAGAGGAACCAUUAAACUCUUGUCCAGAGCAGUGAUGCAUGCAGUGUGUGAACAGUGCGGGUUGCAGAUGAACGGAGGGGAGGUCGCAGUGUUUGCCUCCCGUGCGGGUCCUGGAGUAUGCUGGCAUCCGUCCUGCUUUGUCUGCUUCACAUGUAAUGAACUACUGGUCGACCUCAUCUAUUUCUAUCAGGAUGGAAAAAUCCACUGUGGCAGGCACCACGCCGAACUGCUCAAACCUCGGUGCUCAGCCUGUGAUGAGAUCAUUUUUGCUGAUGAGUGCACAGAAGCCGAGGGUCGACACUGGCACAUGAAGCAUUUCUGCUGCCUUGAGUGUGAAACUGUCCUGGGAGGGCAGAGAUACAUCAUGAAGGACGGCCGCCCCUUCUGCUGUGGCUGCUUCGAGUCCCUCUAUGCCGAGUACUGCGAAACCUGUGGGGAGCAUAUUGGUGUGGACCAUGCACAGAUGACUUAUGACGGGCAACACUGGCAUGCCACCGAGGCCUGCUUUUCCUGUGCGCAGUGUAAGGCCUCUUUGCUGGGAUGCCCCUUCCUCCCAAAACAAGGUCAAAUUUACUGCUCCAAGACCUGCAGCCUAGGGGAAGACAUCCACGCCUCUGACUCCUCUGACUCUGCCUUCCAGUCGGCCCGAUCGAGAGACUCUCGGAGAAGCGUGAGGAUGGGCAGAAGCAGCCGCUCCGCAGACCAGUGCAGACAGUCUCUUCUCCUGUCCCCCGCCCUGAACUACAAGUUCCCAGGUCUUUCUGGCAACGCUGAUGACACCCUUUCUCGGAAGCUGGAUGAUGUGAGUCUUUCCAGGCAGGGAGCAGGUUUUGCUAACGAGGAAUUCUGGAAAGCCAGAGUAGAUCAGGAAGCCUCCGAGGACCCCGAAGAAUGGGCUGAGCAUGAAGAUUACAUGACACAGCUUCUCCUCAAGUUCGGCGAUAAGAAUCUCUUCCAGCAGCAGCCCAGUGAGAUGGAUAUGAGAACCAGCGAGCACUGGAUACCUGACAACAUGGUUACAAAUAAGCCUGAGGUAAAGCCGAAUCACCAGAGCCUCGCAAGUAAAAAGUAUCAGUCUGAUAUGUAUUGGGCCCAGUCCCAAGACGGGCUGGGUGACUCUGCCUACGGCAGCCAUCCAGGCCCUGCCAGCAGCCGAAGGCUACAAGAGUUAGAUCUGGACCAUGGUGCUGUAGGGUAUAAUCACGACCAAACCCAGUGGUAUGAAGACUCCCUGGAGUGUCUAUCUGACUUGAAACCAGAGCAGAGUGUCCGGGAUUCGAUGGAUUCUUUGGCAUUGUCCAACAUCACUGGGGCAUCAGUGGAUGGAGAAAGCAAGCCAAGACCGUCAUUAUACUCUCUCCAAAACUUUGAGGAGAUAGAGGCGGAGGAUUGUGAGAAAAUGAGCAAUAUGGGAACUCUGAAUUCUUCCAUGCUGCACAGGAGUGCAGAGUCCUUAAAAAGUCUGAAUUCAGAGCUGUGCCCAGAAAAAAUUAUACCCGAGGAAAAACCAGUACACCUGCCGGUACUCAGAAGAUCCAAGUCUCAGUCCCGACCACAGCAGGUCAAGUUUUCAGAUGACGUCAUUGACAACGGAAGCUAUGACAUUGAAAUCCGGCAGCCUCCAAUGAGCGAACGGACUCGAAGACGAGUGUAUCACUUUGAAGAGAGGGGAUCCAGGCCUCACCACCAUCGCCACCGGAGAAGUAGAAAGUCACGGUCCGACAAUGCCCUGAACCUGGUCACAGAAAGGAAGUACUCCGCCAAGGACAGACUUCGGCUCUACACCCCUGAUAACUAUGAGAAAUUCAUACAGAAUAAAGGCGCCCGGGAGCUCCAAGCAUACAUGCAGAAUGCCAACCUCUACGGCCAGUAUGCUCACGCCACGUCUGAUUAUGCCCUGCAGAACCCAGGAAUGAACCGGUUUCUGGGGCUCUACGGGGACGACGAUGAUUCCUGGUGUUCAUCCUCUACUUCUUCCUCCGACUCGGAAGAAGAAGGGUAUUUCCUUGGACAGCCUAUCCCUCAGCCUCGGCCACAGAGAUUCACUUACUAUACGGAUGACCUUUCUAGUCCAGCGUCUGCACUGCCCACCCCACAGUUUAAUCAGAGGACAACUAAAUCCAAGAAGAAAAAGGGACACAAGGGCAAAAACUGUAUCAUUUCUUAACCAAGUAGACAUGGAGAUUCUUCGUUUAAAACUUAGUCAUUUAGCCUGGACUUUGACCUUUUAUUCAUCCUAGGAAAGUCGCUAAAAUAGUAUAAAGUGCUUUCUUUGGCCCAUGUAAAUGAGAGCCCCACUGUGUUUACAGUCAGGUUAACACACAAAAGGGGUGGUUUCUCCAGUCUCGGUGCCACAGUAACAGUCUUGUGCCCGAGAACACUCCAGAAACUGCUGGCAGGUGAUUGGACAGAGCGCGUUAGAAGAUGGAUAGCCACCUUUGUAAGCAAUAGUGCUUGUCGUUAAUUCAGUCAGGUUGGCUCAGGUCCUGACUGGUGUCUUGUGAGGCAUGCAUGUCACCAUGACGACCUAGCUAACACUGUGUGCUCCAUUGUUGUAAGGCGAACCUGUUCUCCUUCAGCCCUUAUUAGCCAGGUAAACAUAUUGUAUUACUCCCAGCUACAGAUCGAAAGGACUUGCUAUUUAUAUGUAGUAUUUCAUAGACCUAAGUGUAUUCCUAAUUUAACGGUGCAAAUAUUAAUGUAUAUACUGUACAGUUCAGAUUUUAAAGCUGAUAUUUUUAUAUCCCUGAAUUGCAAGAUGUUUGUUACACUGCCGUGCUAGAUUUGUUUAGGAAAUCAGAAACAGCAUCUAGGGAUGAAAUGACUGCCUGUAUUUUAGUCAGGGCUUAUAAGUUUAGACAGUCAAUUUAUAUUGCUUAUUGAUGGAAAGUUGGUUUUUUUUCCCCCUUCAAUAUUAAAAAAGGCUCUGUAUGCAUGGUGGGGCUAUGUACAUACUUGGUACCAGGCCCUGUUAAUCUCACAAGUGUUAUUUAUGGGUCAAGCUUUGUAAACUGUAUAAAUGUAAAAAAAAAAUAACAAAAAACAAAAAACAAAAAAACAAAAAAACAAAACAAAACAAACCCCACACAUACCUCUGGAGUAUAUGGUGAAACCAAGGAGAAGCUAUCUGGGCAUUCUUCCCUGGGCAGGGGGGAGUGUCUCAGCAGGUGAUAACGCCCACACUAAGAGCUUUCUGUGGCCGUCUGUGUAGACUUACUAUGUACAGAGAGGUUAUUUCUUCUGCCCUUUUCCUUCCAACUUGUUGUUGGCCUUUAAAAGCAAUUUUGAAAACUGGGUUCCCAGUUGCAGUUUUCUUUUAAGGUUUUUCAGGAAGAAUGAACCACAGCACCCCCGAGUUCCUGAGGCUCUGGUUCAGUGGAGAGUCAUGUUGGAUUUGAACUAACGAGCGGGUAGUUUGGUCUGUGCUGUCCUUGCAUUUACAUCUUGAUCCUAACUAAAGGUCCUGGUGUCAUCCUGGGCCUUUCAGGGAGGUGUUUAAUAAAGGCUUAAUAAAUGAUAAACUA